GCUCCUGGUUUUUCCGUGGGCUCUGCCAUUCUGCCAAUCACAUAAAACAUUAUUGCAAAAUACACACUAUUAAUCCAGAUUCCACUUCUUUUCUCUGGGACCCUUGGGUGUUUGAUGUUCCUAUUGCUCUUAAACCCACCUUCCUUAAUAUGGAUCUAGAGAUUGAUCAAAUCAAUAUUUCUGAUAUGGUUCAGGAUAAUCAUUGGGAUCCCAACUGUUUUACUAAUGUUUUUGGCUACUUGUUUGAUAAUAACACUUUUAAUUCAGCAGUUAUUGAUACAUCUGAUGUCAAUCAAUGGGUCUGGUACCCUAAAUCUACUUGCUCUAAAAUCUCGGCUGCUGUUUACCAUCAGCUCAAUCAACAAAGAUCUUCUUCUGAUAGUUGGAUUGGUUGGCAUAUUAUUUGGCAUAUACCUGUUGCACCUCGCAUAAAACAUUUCAUCUGGUUAUGCUUAAAAGGUUUUUCUAGCGGAUCUUGGGCCAUUCAGUAUAGGCAAUCAGUUAGAUCUCUGGCUUUCAUCUCUGCGGGAGCAUGGUUCAUUUGGAUUGCCCGUUGUAAUGCUAUAUUCAAGAACAUAAGACCCAAUCUCUCUAUCAUUGCUAGCAGAACUUCUGCUCAUGUUCAGGAUUUUUUCUGCAGCAAUCUGGAACCUUAUGGCAGAAAACUUAUAUUAUGCAACUUUUCUAGUGCUGAUGGACCCUUCAUUUUCACUCAUGCCAUAUCCAGAUUAGAGAUUCAGGUUAGAACCAUUGGUUUUUUCAUUUCUAAUGCUAAUUACAAAGUUAUUCUUGCAGGGAGAUGGUCUCAACCUUUGGAUGAUAAUUCCUCUGAUGCUAUAUUGGCUAUUGAAGCUGCACUGCAGACCACUCUUCAACUCCAAAUCCCAGUAAAGCACAUUUUCAGUUGUCAUCACUCUGAUCUGAACUUCAUUCGCGAGACAAAUCAUUCCCUUGCCUGGCGUUUUCGUCCGCAAUUGUCUAAUUUGAAUUUCCUCAUGGACAUGAGCUCUCAUCCCAGAAUUCAUGUAAUACCAUCUUCUUGGAUGAGGCCGGCCAUUUCUCUAGCCGGAUUUGGACUUCGUCGUCAAAAUCUCAAUCUUUAUCUUGUGGGCAGGGAGCUUCCAUAUUGGAUUAUGAGAUCCUUUUUAGAGCUCGGUUUCUCCUUCUAAGAUCAUUGCUUUUUGUAGUCUUUUUGUUUUAUUUUGUCGCCUAGUUCGAUC